UAUGCCCUUAAUCAAGAUGGCGACUGGAAAUAGGCGGAGCUACGGCGGCGCAAGAGGGACAGCGGCGGUUGGCGGGAGAGCGGGAAAGAGGCACUUUGACACAGAGUGAAGAAACUCUUUGCUGAAGGAGGAGGACGCCAUGCACGUCGUCAAGCGAGAUGGCCGCCAUGAGCGUGUCAUGUUUGACAAGAUCACCUCCCGGAUCCAGAAGCUGUGCUACGGUCUUAAUGUGGAUUUUGUGGAUCCGGCUCAGAUCACCAUGAAAGUGAUCCAGGGCCUCUACAGUGGUGUCACCACUGUGGAACUGGACACUCUGGCUGCUGAGACUGCCGCCACCCUGACCACUAAGCACCCCGACUAUGCCAUCCUUGCCGCCAGGAUUGCCGUCUCCAACCUGCACAAGGAGACCAAGAAAGUCUUCAGUGAUGUGAUGGAAGACCUGUACACCUAUGUGAACCCUCACAACAGCAAGCAUUCUCCCAUGAUUGCGAAGGAGAUGCUGGACAUCGUUUUGGCCAACAAAGACCGACUGAAUUCUGCUAUAAUUUACGAUCGAGAUUUCUCCUACAAUUAUUUUGGCUUUAAGACACUUGAGCGCUCGUAUCUUCUGAAAAUCAAUUCUAAAGUGGCCGAACGUCCGCAGCACAUGCUGAUGCGGGUCUCUGUGGGGAUCCACAAGAAUGACAUUGACGCGGCGAUCGAGACCUACAACCUCCUCUCUGAGAAGUGGUUCACCCACGCCUCCCCCACCCUCUUCAACGCCGGCACCAACCGCCCCCAGCUCUCCAGCUGUUUCCUGCUGUGCAUGAAGGACGACAGCAUCGAAGGCAUCUACGACACACUCAAGCACUGUGCGCUCAUCUCCAAGUCGGCCGGAGGGAUCGGCCUCGCCGUCAGCUGCAUCCGCGCCACCGGGAGCUACAUCGCAGGGACAAAUGGGAACUCUAAUGGGCUGGUCCCAAUGCUGAGAGUGUACAACAACACAGCCCGCUACGUGGACCAAGGGGGCAACAAGCGACCGGGGGCCUUUGCCAUCUACCUCGAGCCUUGGCACUUUGACAUCUUUGAGUUCCUGGACCUGAAGAAGAACACCGGGAAGGAGGAGCAGCGGGCCAGGGACCUCUUCUUUGCGCUCUGGAUCCCGGACCUCUUCAUGAAGCGGGUGGAGACCAACCAGGACUGGUCUCUAAUGUGUCCCAACGAAUGCCCCGGCCUGGAUGAAGUCUGGGGAGAGGAGUUCGAAAAACUCUAUGAGAGCUAUGAGAAGCAGGGCCGUGUGCGCCGUGUGGUCAAGGCCCAGCAGCUCUGGUACGCCAUCAUCGAGUCCCAGACUGAGACCGGCACUCCGUACAUGCUCUACAAAGACUCCUGCAACAGGAAGAGCAACCAGCAGAACCUGGGGACCAUCAAGUGCAGCAACCUCUGCACCGAGAUCGUGGAGUACACCAGCAAUGACGAGGUUGCGGUGUGCAACUUGGCCUCUUUGGCCCUCAACAUGUAUGUCACUCCAGAGCACACCUAUGACUUCCGGAAGCUGGCCGAGGUCACCAGGGUCAUCGUCCAGAACCUGAACAAGAUCAUCAAUAUCAACUACUACCCUGUCCCAGAGGCGGAAGUCUCCAACAAGCGGCACCGUCCCAUUGGGAUCGGGGUGCAGGGCCUGGCGGACGCCUUCAUCCUGAUGCGCUUCCCCUUCGAGAGCCCCGAGGCCCAGCUCCUCAACCAGCAGAUCUUUGAGACCAUCUACUAUGCCGCGCUGGAGGCCAGCUGCAACCUCGCCAAGGAGUGCGGACCCUACGAGACCUACGAGGGAUGCCCCCUCAGCAAAGGGAUCCUACAAUACGACAUGUGGAACGUGGUUCCGACGGACCUUUGGGACUGGAAGGCGUUGAAGGAGAAGAUUGCAAAGCACGGGGUCCGGAACAGCCUCCUGGUGGCCCCGAUGCCCACGGCUUCCACGGCUCAGAUCCUGGGCAACAACGAGUCCAUAGAGCCCUACACGAGCAACAUCUACACCCGGAGGGUCCUUUCUGGAGAGUUUCAGAUCGUGAACCCGCACUUGUUGAAGGACCUGACAGAGCGAGGCCUUUGGAACGAGGAGAUGAAGAACCAGAUCAUCGCCUGCAAUGGCUCCAUCCAGACCAUCCCUGAAAUCCCGGACGACCUGAAGCUGCUCUACAAGACGGUGUGGGAGAUCUCCCAGAAGACGGUGCUGAAGAUGGCUGCGGACCGAGGGGCCUUCAUUGACCAGAGCCAGUCCCUGAACAUCCACAUUGCUGAGCCCAACUACGGCAAGCUGACCAGCAUGCACUUCUACGGAUGGAAGCAGGGCCUGAAGACCGGCAUGUACUACCUGCGGACGAAGCCGGCGGCGAACCCCAUCCAGUUCACGCUGAACAAGGAGAAACUGAACAAGGAGAAGAGCAGCAUCGGCGAGGAGGAGGAGGAGGCGAAGAAGGAGCGCAACAAGGCGGCCAUGGUCUGCUCCCUGGAGAACAGGGACGAGUGCCUCAUGUGCGGGUCUUAACCGCGGAGCGAGCGACGGAAUCUAGGAUUGAGCUAGGAUUAGGUAGGUCUAGUUUACCUGGGGCAAGGGGAGAAAGAGAGAGAAGCCCACAGAAGCCUUGGGCGUGCCUUUUGGCCACCUUGCAGGACCCACAGUAUUCUUUAUCAUGCAGCACAUGGGGUUGGGGAAGUUAACGUAGGUUAAAUGCAAACUUGGGCCCUCUGGGUGUUUUGGACUUCAACUCCCACCAUUCCUAACAGCCGGUAGGCUGUUAGGAAUGGUGAGAGUUGAAGUCCAAAACACCCAGAGGGCCCAAGUUUGCCCAGGCUUGACAUAGGUCAAUUAUCUCUACUAUUGUGGUCUCGGAACUGGACAUUCCCUGUGUUAUUCUUUGCAACUACUGCCGUAUGAUGUUCUUUUAGGACCAUAUUCUUCUCAAUGGGCUGUCCUUACAAAGAGCCAACGAAAAGUCCGUUCUAGCCAUCCCGAUAUAAAAAUCUGUGGCCCCUUUUGUUGGCUCUGGACUAUUUAUUGAGGGCAAGAACUGCGCAGGGUUCUUUGAUCCACUUCAGUGCAUUAAUAAAACCUUGAGGUGUGAA